UUUAGGUCAAACUACAAGAUAAUUGGAAAAGUGAAUCAUGCAUAGCAUCGGAACUGUCCUCUCCAGGGACCCACGAUUUGGAGUGAUGUAAUUUUAGCGAGGCAAGUAGGUAAAAGAGGAGCGGUAGCACAAUUACAUUGGCCCCUGUUUAUUUGGCUUCCACACCAAGCAGAGCCUGGAGGUUUGCAGACACAGUUAUUGAUUGUAACAGAAGACAUGUGGGCACGGUGUUGAAGCUGAAGCUCAAUCGCCUCCUCCUUUUGACAUGAUUGCAGAAAAUGAAGACGAGGAUGAUUUUGUGGUUGGUGUUGGUGUUGGUGGCCAUGCCGAGCAUGACUGUGAAGGGAGAAGCCUCGGAGAGUUUGGACAAGGAAAUAAGGGAGUCGUUUGCAAAGGCGAUCAAUGCAUCGGCAAUUCCCCCUGGCAGCAAAGAAGGGAGCAUUGCAGACAUGUUCGAUCGCGCUCUUGAGAAGGAAUUCUCAGAGAAGGAGCAGUCUCAAGGUGCUGAUGGAAGCAACUUUAAUAACACGGUGGCUGAUCAACAGGCAGUAUUGGAGACUGUGGCCAGGGUUACUCAUGACAAGCCGAAGAAAAAUGACACUCAAGAAGAAAAUGGGACGAGAUCAUUCCAGUUGCAGGAUGUUUUUAACUUGGACAAUGAAAAUGGUGCAGAUGAUAUGCCGACUUUAAUUGAUCGCAAGGAUAAUGUAUUCGUAAUGUCUAAUCCAAAAUCAAAAUAUCCAGUGCUCCAGUUAGAUGUGAGGUUCAUUUCAGAUUUAGUGGUGGUGAUUGUUUCUGCUGCAAUUGGGGGCAUUGCAUUUGCUUGUCUGGGGCAGCCGGUUAUUACUGGUUACUUACUUGCAGGGUCUAUUAUUGGACCAGGUGGUUUGAGUUUUGUCAGUGAGAUGGUACAGGUGGAAACAGUUGCCCAGUUUGGCGUUGUCUUCCUGCUUUUCGCUUUGGGCCUAGAAUUUUCUGCAACAAAGAUUCGAGUUGUUGGAUCUGUUGCUGUCUUGGGAGGCUUGCUCCAAAUCUUCCUUUUCAUGUGCUUGUGUGGCAUUACUGCUUUGAUAUGUGGGGCGAAACCUUCAGAAGGAGUGUUUGUUGGUGCUUUCUUAUCUAUGUCGUCAACUGCUGUGGUUUUGAAAUUCUUGAUGGAACGAAAUAGUAUCAAUACUAUUCAUGGCCAAGUCACUGUUGGAACUCUUAUUCUGCAGGACUGUGCGGUUGGAUUAUUGUUUGCCCUACUUCCUGUCUUGGUUGGAACAGGCGGACUUCUGCAAGGAAUUAUGUCGAUGAUGAAAUCGUUAGUUGUCUUGUCCAUCUUCUUGGUAGCAGCAUCUAUAUUAUCUUGGUCUUUUGUUCCUUCCUUUUUGAGGCUGAUGGUACGCCUGUCUUCUCAGACAAAUGAACUUUACCAGUUAGCUUCAGUUGCAUUCUGCUUGCUGGUGGCUUGGUGCAGUGAUAAAUUAGGUCUGAGCCUUGAACUAGGGUCGUUUGCUGCAGGAGUAAUGAUAUCAACCACUGAAUUUGCACACCAUACUCUUGAGCAAGUGGAACCCAUACGUAAUUUGUUUGCUGCGCUCUUUUUAUCCAGUAUUGGCAUGCUUAUUCAUGUACAGUUCCUGUGGAAUCAUAUAGAUGUACUGUUAGCAUCUGUGAUUUUGGUAAUCAUUGCAAAGACAGUUGUGGUUACUGUUGUUGUGAAGGGUUUUCAAUACCCCAUUAGGACUUCCUUUCUUGUUGGCAUUUCUCUGGCUCAGAUUGGGGAGUUCGCUUUUGUUCUAUUGAGUCGUGCUUCAAAUCUCCAUCUAGUUGAGGGAAAAUUGUAUCUCUUGCUAUUGGGAACAACAGCUUUUAGCCUGGUUACCACACCUUUGCUGUUUAGAAUGAUUCCAGGAAUCAUGCACUUGGGUGUCCUCGCAAAUUGGUUCCCUUCUGAUAGCAAUCCAACAGAGGUGGUCUCUAAAGGAGAGAACUUUCACUCUGGAAGCACACAAUCUAUUCUGGUUACAGUCCAAGGUUCUCAGUAAUGAUGAAGAAUUUUCAUAUAAAGGAGGCAGGAUAUUUUGCGGAAGCUGCAAGUAUCCUGGAUGACUCCUCAUUUUAAGAAUUGUAGCAUGCAGGUGCUAUCAAAGGAGCGGGAUUGAAGCUUGUCUCAACCUGGAUGCUCGGCGUGUGACUUGUUAGUGGUCAAGGCUUCAAGCACAUUCAAAUGCAGUGUACACAAAUUUACCUAGCCUGGUUUGGGGUGCAGUUCACCUUUGUGGUUGGAAUCGUGCACUUUGGAUCAGGUUUAAUGAAUGAUUGCAUGUUAUGACUUUCAAGGUUGUGUUUUUUGUUUGUUCCAAUCAGUUAAUUCUGGUAUAUCUGAAAAAACCUAAGUUUGAGUAAAUCCGCCAUGCGUUGCUGCUAAAGGUAUAGGCUCAAUUUAUUGUACACAUCUAAAGGCUAUGGAGUUAAUCUGUAAUCCAAAUGAUUCUUUAACUACAUCAAAAUAUUAAGUAUUGUAAUGGCUGCAAAUGUGGAACGGCUUUUUUUGGAGGCCAAUCAUUUGCAUACCUCUUCAAGAUGUCCCAUUUGGGCUCAUCUUGGAUUUGUAAUAUUACUCAUGUAUUUUUUUUGGUCAAUUCUUUAUUUGUAUCAACUUCUUGAUGCAGUUUUGGAUUCA